GUAUUGGAUCGUUGAAUGUUGUGUUGCUUAACCACCUUCAUUUGAAAACUGGAAAGGUUACACGUGGAGCGGUAAAAUCGACGCGAGUGGGUCGAAUCAUGGCUGAGAGAAAAACAGGCGAAGAGUGCGCUAACUUCGACCUAAAGCAGAAGAUGGUCUCCAGCAUUGAGGAAACGGCGAGGGCGACUUCUCAGAUUGUGCUGCUUGAAUUGCGAACGUGCGGGAUUACAACUGAGGAAGGGGAGCAGAAAACGGUCUUGCAGUUCGGAGGUGAGACUGAAUUUCGCGUGCGCCUCCUAAUCGAGGAGGCAGUGAAGGCGGCGACUGAGAUCGUUUUAGCGGAAUAUGACGGCUUCGCGGAGGUGAAGUGCGAAGCUCUUCGCUUGCAGAUAUCCGAGUAUGUUAGACAAAUUGAACUUUUAAAGGCGCAACUGGAAUCAAGGCGUUGUAAACUGGUACCCGUGCAAAGGCAUCAAAUACUCGCGCAAUCUGUUCCAAACCACAGAGAGUUACAGACAAGUACGAUAGGAGCAGAUGGGGACCAAGAAGCCGAGGCUACGCUGGCUGCUAUUCAUCAUUCGCUGCCCACCAGCUGGGAGAACAAAGGUCUGCGCGUUGGACGUCCUUUAAAGGGGAUGAAGCGUUUAGUUGUUGCGCUGGAACGUUUGGAUCACCACAGUGAACGUGACACACCUGAUAAAGCAGAACUUCAGCAGGAGGCAGCACCUCAGCAAGAUCCAUCUCCUAACGUAAAUGACGUUACACCCGCUCCUCUAUCAUAUAGUGGGAUUCCAGAAAAUGCAACACUGCCUGACAUCGAACUGAGGGACGUUCCAGCUGAAGUGGACUUGUGUCUUUUCAGGAUUUCCGAAACAAGACCCGAUCGUUAUGCCUUGCUGUUAUUUCAACGCUUGAUUACGGAUGAAAGAUACAGAGAUUGGGCAAUGCGUGUCAACUGGGGUGGCUUCCGAGGCAAGUGGGGAUUGCCCAACAAUCUAAAAAAGUUUAUUUUAGACCGCGUGUCUCAGAAAUUUCAUGUUUUACGCGUGGCUGAUCGGAGGAAUGUAAAAAAUAGAAUCAAUGAAUACUUGCGCAAGCCAAGUCAUAGAAUGACAAGUAGGUACCACCUAUGAAUAAUUCUGGGCAUUAAGUAAACACUGCUUCCAAAAAUGGUGAGUAGGCAGCAUAUAUCAUGGAGAAAAGCAGCCAGUUUCUGUGUGGACUGAAGUAUUAUUCUAAAAUCCCACAAUAUGGACUUAAAACGACUCAUGAGGUAAAUCUGAUCCUUGGCUAUAUUCUGCAAAAAGAACUCUUGUAUAACUCUUUGGAUUCAGUGUUGCCCGUGUCUUGUUCUGCGUCUGGGGUGAAAACUUGUCCUCCACUGCAGGCUGUUGGUGAAGUUCAGAGCGAGUACGGGUUGAAGACCUUUAGUGCCUAAGAACAUAAA